UCAGACGUCAGGCUAUCCGCAGUCACCAUGCAUUUGGGGAGAUUUGUCUGCACAAAGUUUUCUCUUCUACACCUAUUUCUUCUUUGUUGCGGUGCUAAGACACUCCCUUACCAAUGCCAAAAACCCUCUUCCUGCGGCCAAAUUCUCAACAUCUCACACCCUUUUGGAUUGAAAGGUGAUCCUGGAAACUGCAGUGAGGAACCUCUCUACCAGCUGGAAUGCGAGAACGAUAACACAGUUUUUUACUCGAAAGCCCUCAAGUACUACGUGCUGGCAAUCAAUUAUCAGGAUUCCACGAUCCGAGUUGUUGAUGCCGGUCUUCUUCAAAGGAACAACUGCUCCUCCCUUCCUUUUCGUUCUUUCAGUUCUUAUGAUCUCCAGGAUGAUUUCUUAUACCUACGACAAAUGGGCAUGGCAACAGUUUUAUACUUGAGUUGUGAAAAUCCAGUUGAUUCUUCUCACUAUAUAGACACUAGGCCUUGUACCCAUGGUGUUUAUAAUCCAGCCAACAGAUCCUCAAUGGAAAGGCAAUAUUAUUCUUAUGUUAUGUUGGGGAAUCGCAAUGUGUCGGAGAUUGCAGAUCACUGCAGGAUAGACAUGGUAGUCAAGUCGUCUUCUCCAACAAUAUACAGUGAAAAUCUGUCCUAUGCAGACAUUCAUAACCAGCUUCUCUAUGGGUUUCAGCUUGGAUACUCUUGGGUCAAUCCUGAUCUUGACCAUUGCGGUUUUCUUUGUAUGAGUGGUAUUAUAACGGCUGAUUUAUUUGGCAAUGCAGCAUCAUUGAUUGCUCUAAUAAUAGUUGUUGGAAGAUUAUGUACGCUGCCAUUGGUGGUUGCAUUCUUAAUAUAUAAAUGGCGUAGAAGACAUUUAUCAAUGUUUGACAUGGUGGAAGAUUUUCUUCAAAGUCAGAACAAUCUCAUGCCUAUCAAGUACUCAUUUUCAGAAAUUAAGAAAAUGACUAAUGGGUUCAAGACUAUGCUAGGUGAAGGUGGUUAUAGUUUUGUUUACAAAGGAAAGCUUCGAAGCGGCCGUAUAGUAGCCGUAAAGAUAUUGGGCAAGUCCAAAUGUAAUGGGCAAGAAUUCAUCAAUGAAGUCAUUACCAUCGGGAGGAUUCAUCAUGCCAAUGUAGUUCAACUGAUUGGAUUUUGUGCGGAAAGGUCUAAGCGUGCUCUUGUAUACGAAUUCAUGGCCAACGGGUCUCUUGAAAAGUAUAUAUUCUCGCAAGAAAGCGGUACCUCUUUGAGUUGCAAGAAAAUGUACGAGAUUUCUAUUGGCGUGGCUCGUGGGAUUGAAUAUCUACAUAAAGGUUGUGACAUGCAAAUCUUACAUUUUGAUAUCAAGCCACACAACAUACUUCUGGAUGAAAAUUUCAUUCCAAAAGUGUCAGAUUUUGGACUUGCAAAAUUAUAUCCGAUAGAAGACAGUAUGGUUCCUCACACAGCAGCACGAGGUACAAUGGGUUAUAUGGCUCCUGAGUUAUUCUAUAAAAACAUUGGAGGUAUUUCUUAUAAAGCUGAUGUUUAUAGUUUCGGAAUGUUGUUAAUGGAAAUGGUUAGCAAACGAAAGAAUUUAAAUGCUUUUGCCGAGCAUUCAAGUCAAAUUUACUUCCCUUCAUGGGUUUUUGACCAAUUGAGUUUGGGAAAAGAAAUUGAAAUUGGAGAAAUCACAGAUGAGGAGAAGGAGAUAGUGAAGAAGAUGGUGAUGGUAUCCUUGUGGUGCAUACAAAUGAAGCCUAGUAAUCGUCCUUCCAUGAACAAAGUUGUUGAGAUGCUAGAAAAUGAAGUUUGCUGCUUACAAAUGCCUCCAACGCCAUUCAAUCUGGUGUAAAUGGUAUCAUUAAUUUGUUUUGAUUUUGUACCGCAUAUUUAUUAGAAUGGAAUUGAGUAGAAUAGAUAUUCUGUAGUGAUAGAAUAAGAUAGGAAUAGAACGUAAAAGGUUAUAUAAUUUGGUUGGUAGAAUGGAAUAAGGUAAAUUUGUUAUUAUGACUUAUUGUAAUAUUUAGUUAGUAAAAAUAAUU